CCUAAUGGUGAUACAUUCAUAUAUCACUUAAAAAAUGGACCAAAUUCACGUCUUAUUAGUACAUAUGUUCGACGAGAAUGGUCAUUUUAUCAUUUUGAAACUCAUCAUAAAUUAUAUAUUUCUGAAGUAAGUAAUUAUAAAUUUGAUGAUGGGUUUAUUAGUUUAAGUGAAUUAAUUGAAGAAUCUAUGAAUUAUGAUUUCAAA